AUGACAGAAACACCAGAAGUACCGGAUCCAAGAUUAACCGAUCGAAAUGAUGUCAAAGAAUUAAAACAAUGGUUAGCAUAUAUAAACUGUCAACAAUAUUACACCAAAUUCAUGGAGAAUGGGAUCACAGUAGAUUUAAUCCCAGAAUUAGAUACUUCAUCAUUAAAAGAACUAGGAGUGACAAAACUAGGUGAUAGAUUACGUUUAGAAAUCGCCAUUGGGAAUCAAAAACAAGAAAAAUUGAUGAAUGGUAUUCAUAUUGACGAUCUUUAUCGAGACCUUGAUCUUCAAGUGACAUCUCCAAUACGAAUACAUUCAAACUCGAGCCAAACGGAUCUUGACGGAACUCUUAUACAACAGGGUAUAUCGGGUACCGGAUUAAGUGGGGGGAUUAGUGGGACUGGCAGUGGUGGUCAGAACAUAUCAACAUCCAUAAGUUCAUCCAACAUAAACACGACUCUGGGUACUUCCAAUAAAGAUUCCAAUAAAAAUAUAACAUUCAUCCUUAGUGAUGGAUCAAUCAAACGAGUAAAUGUAAGUGGAUGUUUCAAUGCUCAAUCAAUAAAAGCAAAAGUAUUAAAAAAAUUAGGAUUCAAAUCACAAGAAGCAAAAUUUGAUACGUUUAUUCAUACUCCUUAUCAGGUCAAUUCUGAUCAUGUUUUCGGAACGGGAGAACUGGCAGUUACGUUAUUAUUUGAUGUUGAAUUGGUGACGAUUUGUUAUUCACCGGAACGAUUAGAAAAACAUCGUAUCAUGCUUGUGCCUAAGAAUGAAUAUCCUACUGAGACAGCAAUCGAGACAUCAAGGAGGAUAAUGCAUAAAUAUGAUAAAUUGACAUCGUCGAAAGAAAAUAAUAUCAUUCAUGGAAGUGGUGUCGUAAAUGGCGAUAAUGCCACUAGCGGUGCUGGAAAUAAUGAAGGCAAUGGUGUACAUAAGAAUGCUAGAGCAACUAUGAGGAAUUUCUUUGGACAAAGACCUCCAAGUGAAUUGAUUUCAUCCAAUUUGGCAGAAUAUUUCCCAGAAGCAAGACAGAAGGAAUUAGAACAAACAGUUAGGAAUUCAGUGAGACAUAGUGUUAGAUUAUCUAGGAGAUUUAAUAUCCCACCUGGAUUCUUAGGUGCUGGUAUUGGAGUGCCUGUCAAUAACAGACAAUCUAUGCAUAGUAAUAUAUCGACGGGAUUAAGAUCAAUAUCUUCAGCUGAAUCGGCGAUGAGAAGGAAUCAUAGAACAGUUGGGGAUGUUAUGGUUCAUAGUAUAAAUGCAAUUGAUGAAGCGGUUAAUCUGAAUGAUACGUUGAGAGCAUUGGGUCCACCAGCUAAUUCCCAAUUUGGUGAUGCUAAGAGUAUUAGUUCUAAUAAGAGUAUGAAUGCCGGUAGGAAGGCACUUCAUAGAAUAUCAGUUGCUACUGAUUUAGUUGCUGAUUUUGUUGAUGAUCAUGUUGGUAGUAGGAUAUCUACUAUUGAAUUAAUGGAUUCUGAUUCGGAAGAUGAGAUUGAUGAUUUGAUUGAUGAUUUCAGUAGGUUUGGAGAUGGGAAUGUGAAGGAUGUCAACAAUGAGGUCGAAGAAGUGGAAGAAGAAGAAUCAGAAGAAGAGCAAAUGGGACCUCAUUCUAAUUGGUUGAAGGGGGCACGUAUUGGUUCUGGAAGUUUUGGUACUGUUUAUUUGGGUAUGAAUCCAUAUACUGGGGAAUUAAUGGCGGUUAAACAAAUUCCAUUACCUAAAGAGAAGGAUGGAGAGGAUCAUCAAGUUGAAAAGAUUAUGAUUGAACAACAACAAGAGAUGACAUUAUUGAAAGAAUUAAAUCAUGAGAAUAUUGUUAGAUAUUAUGGAUCAACAACUGAUGAAAGUUUUUUGAAUAUAUUUUUAGAAUAUGUUCCUGGAGGAUCAGUUCAAUCAAUGUUGAAUUCAUAUGGACCUUUUGAAGAACCUUUGAUUAGGAAUUUUGUGAGACAAGUUGCAAUUGGAUUGAAUUAUUUACAUGGAGAGGAUAUUAUUCAUCGUGAUAUCAAGGGUGCAAAUAUUCUUAUUGAUAUUAAAGGUACAGUUAAGAUUGGAGAUUUUGGAAUUUCCAAAAAAGUUAGUAGUAUAGAUGAAGAAGAUGAAGAUUUUAAAAAGACCGGGAAAAGAGGAGCAUUACAAGGGUCAGUAUUCUGGAUGGCACCUGAAGUUGUAAAACAAUCAUUAUAUACUAAGAAAGGAGAUAUUUGGUCAAUAGGAAGUUUAAUUGUGGAAAUGUUUACAGGAAGACAUCCAUAUCCAGAAUUAAGUCAAAUGCAAGCAUUAUUUAGAAUUGGAUCAUUAAUUAUUCCACAAAUACCUGAAUGGUGUACAGAAGAAGCAAAAGAGUUUUUAACAAAGACAUUCGAGAUUAAUCAUACAUUAAGACCAGAUGCGGUAGAGUUAUUAGGAGAGCCAUUCUUAAACCCAUUGAUUAUGUCUAAGCAGUAG